CUUUUAUCUACUUGGAAUAUGCAAAGUAUACCUAGCAAAAGAAUCAUAGUUUGCCCAACAACAAUUGAUAAAGGGAUCUCUAUCAAAGGACAACGGAUAGUGAUAGAAGGAACUUCAUGUGUCAUCAGUACGACAAUUGAUGAUGUUAAAUUAAACGAUGCAGCAGUUGCAGCCAGUACAAAACGACCACCACCUCCAUAUACGAUAGUAACGGCUGCUAGUGCAAAUCAUCUUUGUGCGUUAGAAAGUUUUUUAUACACAUUAUAUGAUUAUCGUGCCCAGAUGGAAAAUUUUCCACGAGUAGUGGUUUAUAAUUUAGGAGUCAAUGAAACGAGUCAACUUGAAGUAUUAACACAACUCCAUAAUAACGGACUGAUGGAUGAGUUGAUUACUUUUGAUUAUGAAAAAUAUCCAUCUUUUUGGGACAUUUCAAAAAAUGCUGGUGAGUACGGAUGGAAGACAGCCAUGGUAUAUGAGCAAGCACAAAAACAUGGUGGAUUAUUAGUAUGGAUGGAUGCUGGUAAUCAAGUAUCUGCCAAAUUCCUCUAUCGUUUACCAAGCUAUAUAGCUAAUGAUCAUGGGUUUUGGUCUCCUCGUAGUGCAUAUACAAUGCAUCGAUUGACACAUCCAGGUAUGUUUGAGUAUUUUCAACAGGAUCCUGAACCCUAUGCACAUUAUAUCAACUGUAAUGGUGCAGCAUUUGGUCUAGAUACACGCAAUCAAACUAUCAUGGAUGAGAUCAUCACACCUUGGUACCAAUGUGGAUUGAAUAAGAACUGUAUUGCUCCUCCUGGAUCUUCUCGUGUCAAUCAUCGUCAAGACCAAGCUGCAUUGACCUUUUUAGCUUAUAAAACUGGUCAUACAUGUCGUUGGUCAGCUGGUUAUUUUAAAGUACAAACUCAUCGUGACAUUGCCUGUCGUGCCAUCUUACUUGAACGAGAUUCUCAACAGUUACUUUAUCAUCCAUCUACAGUUGAUCGACCUCAAUGGACUCCUUCUGAUACAUUUGAUUUGAAUAAUCAUCUUGAUUGGCGAUAUCCACAACCUAAGAAGGCAUCACUGCACCCCAUCAUUCAUUUCCAACAGGAAGAAGAAAACUAAG